GCACGUCCUCUCAGACUACGCUCCUACGCCACCUGAACUACACCCAGCAGCAGCAGCAGUGUCUCACACUGACCCGGCACGAUGUCUCGGUUCCUAGAUAUGGCAGAGUUUGGAGAAGCUGCUCGCUACCUCCGUCUCACCAACCUGGAGCAGCUGGCUGCCAAGGCCCUGGCUUUUGAUGGUACGAAGCGUGUGUGGUUGCCUGAUGAUGUGGAAGCAUACAUUGAGGUCGAGGUUAAAGAGCUGAACGGAGACAAAACCACGGUGGAAACCAAAGACGGACGGUUCCUGGUGGUUAAAGAAAACGACCUCCAGCCGAUGAACCCUCCAAAGUUUGACAUGAUCGAGGACAUGGCCAUGUUGACCCACCUGAACGAGGCGUCCGUCCUCUUCAACAUGAAACGGAGGUUCAGCAUGUGGAUGAUCUAUACCUACUCUGGUCUGUUCUGCGUGGCUGUCAACCCGUACAAAUGGUUGCCGGUCUACUCUGCUGCCGUGGUGGCGGGCUACAAAGGGAGGCGCCGUAUAGAGACACCGCCACACAUCUACGCCAUCGCUGACAACGCCUACAUCGACAUGCUGCAGAAUCGAGAGAACCAGUCCAUGCUGAUCACCGGUGAGUCUGGCGCAGGAAAGACAGUCAACACAAAGAGGGUGAUUCAGUACUUUGCCAUCAUCGCUGCUCUGGGAGAGAACGUGAAGAAAGGAGGAUCUUUAGAGGACCAGAUCAUCGAAGCCAAUCCGGCCAUGGAGGCCUUCGGCAACGCCAAAACCAUCCGUAAUGACAACUCCUCUCGCUUUGGGAAGUUCAUCAGGAUUCAUUUUGGGCCGACAGGGAGGUUGGCGUCUGCCGACAUCGACAUCUAUCUUCUGGAAAAGUCCAGGGUGGUGUUCCAGCAGCCUGCAGAGAGAAGCUACCACAUCUACUACCAGAUCCUGUCCAAUUACAAGCCAGAGCUACAAGACAUGCUGCUGGUGACCACCAACCCGUACGACUACAUGUUCUGCUCUCAGGGUGUGACCACAGUGACCGGGAUCAAUGACGGAGAGGAGCUGAAGCUCACUGAUCACGCCAUGGACACGCUGGGCUUUACUCCAGAGGAGAAGUAUGGCUGCUACAAGAUUGUCGGAGCCAUCAUGCACUUUGGUAACAUGAAGUUCAAGAAGAGGCAGAGAGAGGAGCAGGCCGAGGCCGACGGCACAGAGAGUGUAGAUAAGGCGGCCUAUCUGAUGGGCAUCAGCUCUGCCGACCUGCUGAAAGGCCUCCUGAACCCCCGCGUCAAAGUCGGCCACGAGUUCAUCGUUAAAGGACAAACUGUCGAACAGGUGAACUUCGCCGUGGCGGCUCUGGCCAAAGCCACCUAUGACCGAAUGUUUAAGUGGUUGGUGAGCCACAUCAACUCGUCCUUAUACACCACUUUGCCCCGACAGUACUUCAUCGGGGUCCUCGACAUCGCCGGCUUCGAGAUCUUUGAGUUCAAUAACUUUGAGCAGCUGUGUAUCAACUUCACUAACGAGAAGCUGCAGCAGUUCUUCAACCAUCACAUGUUCAUCCUGGAGCAGGAGGAGUACAAGACCGAGGGCAUCGAGUGGACCUUCAUAGAUUUCGGCCUGGACCUGCAGGCCUGCAUCGACCUCAUCGAGAAGCCCAUGGGUAUUCUGUCCAUCAUGGAGGAGGAGUGUAUGUUCCCCAAGGCCACAGACAACAGCUUUAAAACCAAACUCUACGACAACCACUUCGGGAAGUCGCCCAACUUCCAGCGGCCACGGCUGGACAAGAAGCGCAAAUAUGAGACACACUUUGAGUUGGUUCAUUACGCCGGCGUGGUGCCGUACAACAUCACAGGCUGGUUGGAUAAGAACAGAGAUCCUCUGAACGAGACGGUGGUGGCUCUGUUCCAGAAAUCCUCCAACAAACUCAUGGCUGGACUGUUUGAGAACUACGUCAGCUCUGAGAUGGCCGGUGAUCCGAAGGCUGAAGGCAAACACAGGAAGAGGAAAGCAGCUUCCUUCCAGACAGUGUCACAGCUACAUAAGGAGAAUCUAAAGAAGCUGAUGGCGAACCUCCGCAGCACUCAGCCUCACUUUGUCCGCUGCAUCAUCCCCAAUGACAACAAGAGUCCAGGUGUGAUCGAUCCCUUCAUGGUCCUGCACCAGCUGAGGUGUAAUGGAGUCCUCGAGGGGAUCAGGAUCUGCAGGAAGGGCUUUCCAAACCGGAUCCUGUACGCUGAGUUCAAACAACGUUACCGCAUCUUGAAUCCUUCUGCGAUUCCAGAGGACUCAUUUGUGGACAGCAGGAAGGCCGUGGAGAAACUGCUGGCCUCUCUGGACAUCGACCACAACCAGUACAAGUUUGGACACACCAAGGUGUUCUUUAAGGCGGGUCUGUUGGGUCAGCUGGAGGACAUGAGGGACAUCCGUCUGUCUCAGCUCCUCACCAUUGUUCAGGCCAUGGCCAGAGGGAAGUUGAUGAGGGUGCAGCGCGAAAAGAUGAUGGUGCAAAGGGAUGCCAUAAUGGUGAUCCAGUUCAACCUCAGAGCGUACUUCAGUGUGAGGACUUGGCCGUGGAUGAUGUUGUUCUAUAAGCUCCGCCCCCUGCUGCGGAGCGCCCAGAUAGAGAAGGAACUGGCUGCUCUCAAUGAGGAGUUCAAAAAGUUGAAGGAGGCCUUCGACAGAUCAGAGGUAAAGCGUCGGGAGGCGGAGGAGCGUCAGGUGGAUUUGGUUCAGGAGAAAAAUGACCUCGCUCUGCAGCUCCAGGCUGAGCAGGAGAACUUGACAGAUGCAGAGGAUCGCUGCAACCAGCUGAUCCAGUCUAAGAUCUCUCUGGAGUCGAAGCUGAAGGAGACGCAGGAACGUCUGGAGGACGAGGAGGAGGUGACCGCCAAGCUGACGACCAAGAAACGUCAGCUGGAGGAGGAAGCGGUGUCGCUGAAGAAAGACAUGGACGACCUGGAGAUGACUCUGGCUAAGGUGGAGAAGGAGAGACACGGAAUGGAAAACAAGGUGAAGAACUUGUCCCAUGAGAUGUGUGUUCUGGAUGAAUCCAUAGCAUCUCUGAGCAGAGAGAAAGCCGCUCUGCAGGAAGCUCAUCAGCAGGCUCUGAACGACCUUCAGGCGCAGGAGGACAAGGUCAACAUGUUGGUCAAGGCCAAAGCUCGACUGGAGCAGCAGGUGGACAAUGUAGAAAGCUCCUUGGAGCAGGAGAAGAAGGCUCGGAUGGAAGUGGAACGAAUCAAACGGAAGCUGGAGGGGGAUCUGAAGCUGUCCAUGGACUCAGUGAGGGACAUGGAGAACCAGAAGACAGAGCUGGAGGACAGACUGAAGAAGAAAGACUUUGAGUCGAGUCAGCUUCAGUCCAAACUGGAGGACGAGCAGAGUUUGGUGUCUCAGCUUCAGAAGAAGAUUAAAGAGCUUCAGACUCGUGUCGAGGAGCUGGAGGAGGCGCUGGAGGCAGAGCGGGCGUGGCGCUCCAAAGCUGAACGUCAAAGGAACGACAUAAGCAGAGAGCUGGAGGAGCUGGGAGAGAAACUGGAGGAGGCGGGAGGAGCAUCUGCUGCUCAGAUAGCCCUCAACAGGAAAAGGGAGGCUGACUUUCUGAAGAUGCGACGGGAGCUAGAGGAGGCAGGGCUUCACCAUGAGGCGACGGCCGCCACUCUGAGGAAGAAACACUCGGACAUGGUGGCGGAGCUGAGUGAGCAGAUCGACGCUCUGCAGAGAGUCAAACAGAAACUGGAGAAGGAGAAGGUGGAGAUCAGGUUGGAGGCUGAUGACCUGGCUGCUAACGUGGAGCAACUGACCAGGAACAAGGGCACUGUGGAGAAGAUGUGUAGGACAUUUGAGGACCAGCUGAAUGACACCAGGAGCCGAGCCGACGAGCUGCAGAGACAGCUGAAUGAGGUCUCUGCUCAGAAAGCUCGAGCGCUCGCAGAGAGCGUUGAGUACAGCCGUCGUCUGGAGGAACGAGACGCUAUGAUUGGUCAGCUGCAGCGCUCCAAGGUGGGGCUUUGCCAAAACUCUGAAGACCUGAAGAAGCAGCUGGAGGAGGAGACCAAGGCUCGUGUGGCACUGGCUCACGCAGUGCAAGCGUCCCGUCAUGACUGCAGUCUGCUCAGAGAGCAGCUGGAGGAGGAGCAGGAGUUCAAGGCGGAGCUGCAGAGGGAGCUGUCCAAAGCCAAUGGACAGGUGGUUCAGUGGAGAGCCAAGUAUGAGACUGACGCUGUGCUGAGGAUCGAGGAGCUGGAGGACGCCAAAAAGAAGUUGGCCGUCAAACUUCAGACAGCCGAGGAGGCCGUGGAAACGUCUAACGCCAAGUGUUCCUCACUGGAGAAAACCAAACACAGUCUGCAGACGGAGAUAGAAGACCUGAUGGUUGAACUGGAACGAACCAACGCUGCUGCUCUGGCUCUGGACAAGAGGCAACGCAACUUCGACAAGUUGUUAAGUGACUGGAAGCUGAAGUUCGAGGAGAGUCAGACGGACCUGGAGGCGUCGCAGAGAGAGUCGCGCAGUCUGAGCACCGAACUCUUCAAACUGAAGAACAGCUAUGAAGAAGCUCUCGACCAUCUGGAGACAGUCAGACGAGAGAACAAGAACCUGCAGGAGGAGAUCCUGGACCUGGCAGAUCAGAUCAGUCAGGGAGGGAAGACCAUCUACGAGCUGGAGAGACUGAAGAAGAUCCUGGAUGUGGAGAAGAGUGACAUCAGAGCAGCUCUGGAGGAAGCCGAGGGGACUCUGGAGCACGAGGAGAGUAAGACCUUGAGAUUUCAGAUGGAGCUGCAGCAGAUAAGGACUGAGAUCGAGCGCAAGAUCGCAGAGAAAGAUGAAGAGAUCGACAACCUCAGGCGGAACCACCAGCGCUCCCUGGACACCAUGCAGGCCAGUUUGGAGGCGGAGGUUCGUAGUCGCAGCGAGGCCGUUCGUCUGAAGAAGAAGAUGGAGGCUGACCUGAACGAGAUGGAGCUGCAGCUGGGACAUGCCAACAGACAGGCAGCCGAGAGCCAGAGGCUCAUCAGACACCUACAGACACAGGUCAAAGAGCAUCAGGUGGAACUGGAGGAUAAACUUAAUUUAGCCCAUCAGCUCAAAGAACAGAUCACACUGUUGGAGCGACGUUGUACGUUGAUGACGGCCGAGGAGGAGGAGCUGCGUGAAGUCCUGGAACAAACCGACCGCGUCCGCAAGAUGGCUGAACAUGAGCUAGUGGAGGUCACAGAGAGAGUUAACCUGCUCUCCACACAGAACUCAGGUCUGAUGAACCAGAAGAAGAAGCUGGAGGCGGAUCUGUCGGUGCUGACAGGAGAGGUGGACGACGCCAUGCAGGAGAGCCACAGUGCUGAGGAGAAGGCCAAGAAGGCCAUCACUGAUGCAGCUCUUAUGGCGGAGGAGCUGAAGAAGGAGCAGGACAGCAGCAGUAUGAUGGAGAGGAUGAAGAACAACAUGAUCUCAACAGUCAAAGAGCUGCAGAUCAAACUGGACGAGACGGAGCAGAUGGCGCUGAAGGGAGGAAAGAAACAGAUUCAUAAACUGGAGACAAGAGUGAGGGAGCUGCAGACGGAGCUGCUGAUGGAGCAGAAGAAGAGCGAGGAGUAUCAGAAAGGAGUCCGUCGCUACGAGAAGAGAGUCAAAGAGCUGACGUACCAGACAGAGGAGGACAGGAAGACUCUGCUGACGAUGCAGGAGCUCAUUGAAAAGCUUCAGACCAAAGUUAAGAGCUACAAGAGACAAGCAGAGAACGCUGAGGAGCAGGUGAGCUCCACCACGGUGCGUUUCAGGAAAGUCCAACAUGAGCUGGACGACGCUGAGGAGAGAGCCGACAUGGCCGAGACGACCGUCAACAAGCUGCGGAUCCGAGUCCGCGAACAGACCAGCAAGGUCGCCAUGAUCGCUGAGUGAAGCUCCGCCUCCUCCUCACACACCGUCAGUGUGUGUCUGCUGUUUGUGUGGCGUUUGGUUGCUGUGUUUCAGUCUGAUGUAUCAGCUUCUGUAUGUAAUCAUGUUUCAGUGUUUCUCCACUGUAAAGCUGUUAGGCUUGUACAGGAAGUGGCGAGGGCAGCGAGUACGUACGAGCGCUGGUGUCAGCUGCAGUGUGAGUACGAUACAAUCCUGCGCAGUCUCAGCAGUGUGUGUGUGUGUGUGUGUUCAGCUCCAAAGGGGAGAACAUGAUGUUAUCUUCGAUCACUGUCUGUUCAUCAAAUAUAAAAAAGCUUUGAGGAGGAGACAGCAUUUAUCAGUGGGAUACAUGGCUGUGGCUAUUUCCUGGAGGCAGUACAUACCAGCACAGACUCAGUCUGCACCAAACAUGGACACUGACCCUGAUCAUCUUCUUCUCCUCUUCCUCAUUCUCAGUGAAAUCUUUGCUGCUUGUUGCUGAAAUAGUUGAGGGUUGUUGUGGAUGUGAGAGCGGUGGAGGAAGUUAAGACGACCGGACAGGAAGUGACUAACGACUGCUGCAGAGACAGUGGCUGUGUUUAUAUGAGCUACAUUAUAUUUACAUGAUGUUUUUAAUACGUUAAGGACAGUGAUGUAAACAUGUGUCAGAACAUACUGACAACAGUCUGACACUCUGUUAGCGCCUAGCUUUGUUUCAACAGCACAUUGAGUCCAUCAGGCUCUCACCACUACAGUCAGCUGUUUCCAAAACAAACAAACAAACAAAGGGAUGAUGCUCUGACAUCAGGGGUUACUGAACGGGCCUACAAGGCACAGAACAUACAUAGUAAGAACAUGACAGCAGAUCACAUCGAGCUCUGUGUUGUUUUAUUACACAUAUUUGUUUUUAUGAAUCAAAUAUUGAUGAUUAGAAGACAGUUCUUUACCUGACUUCUCCGUCCUCUCUCUCUAACCUGUAGAACAUGACACGCCCACUGAUGACAUCACAGUAACACCUCAGGUUCCCUCUGGGAACCAAAUGUACAAACUAACAACCUAAAUUGUUUUCAUAUUCAUGUUAAUAUUUAGGUGAGUAAAGCUGCACGAAACCCAUUUCAUGUUGGUGGACAAGAGGUCAAAGACACAAAAUGACAUCAGACAGGUGUGACAGCUCCGAGGUCUGUGUGGUUGCUCAGGCGUAGUGGAGGUGGUGGAGCCCUCUGCAUGUCUGUGGCCCAUCAUCUUAUGAUCCACACCUGUCUGUUAACAUUUAGCCACAGCUUCUUUACAUGAUGAAACUCCAGGUCUUCUGCCCCCUGGUGGUGACAAAGGGUCAGGGUGCCUGUCUUCAGACUGUAUGUGGCUGCACAUGUGUGUUUUACUGGAGUCCAUGUUUCUGACUCAAAGCUUCAGUGUAGUGACAAGAAAAGAAAAAUAAAUACCUUUUGGUGUUUGAUGAACGAUGUGUUGACUUCUUUAACAAACCAUGAAGGUAUCCAACAAAACAGUUACCAUGACGACACACAUAUAAACACACAUUUACGUUUCUAUAA